AAACUCAUGACCCCGACAAACCUUUCUCAAUUUGCCUUCAAUCUAAAUAUGACGGUGGAGGAUUUGCUUAAAUGAGUUUGAAACAUUAUUUAAAAAUAACUUAUUUACCUUAAUUCUAUUUUUUUCAAUUAUUUUCUUUUAAUUUUUUUUCUUUUCAAAUUUGCAUGAGAAGUUACUAAAAUAUGAAAGUUUUGCAUUACAUUUCCCUAAAUCCUAAUUAUCGGGACCCAAAUGGUAAACGACAUUGAAGAUGAGUCUGAAAAGGUCACACAAAUGAUUCUAUUUUUUUUUUAUUCUGCCUUGGAAAAGAAGUCAGGAAAAAAAAAAUAUAGUAUAAAUGAAAGACAAAGAUCGGGUGCGAGGCUCUCCCAAAACAACCCUAGCUAAGUUAAAUUCACAACCCCAGCCAAGUCAAAUUCACAACCCCUCAAAGCCAUUCUCAAUUUGCCUUCGAUCUGAAGAUGGCAGCAGAGGAUUUGCUUCCCAGAGAAUACGGAUAUGUGGUUCUUGUUCUCGUUUUCUACUGCUUUCUCAAUUUCUUCAUGGCUAUCAGCGUAGGCAAAGCCCGGAAGAAGUAUAAGGUGUCUUUCCCUAACCUGUAUGCGUUGGAAUCUGAAAACAAGGAUGCCAAGCUCUUCAACUGUGUCCAGAGAGGGCAUCAAAAUUCGCUGGAAAUGAUGCCAGUGUUCUUCGUGCUGAUGAUAUUAGGAGGAAUUGGAUAUCCUCUUACAUGUGCUGCUCUUGGAUCCCUAUACAUUGUCAGUCGAUAUUUCUAUUUCACUGGCUAUUCCACCGGCAAUCCCGAAAACCGAUUGAAGAUCGGGAAAUUUUCAUUUUUGGCGAUCCCGGGGCUUAUGAUUUGCAACAUUUUGUUUGCUAUCAACCUUGUUCGUGGAUGAAUCCUGCAAUUUGGCUUUGAUUCUGCACACACUCACUCGUACACUCCCCAUUUCUUAGAACUUACUUUUGGGUGGUUUUGUUUUGUGUCAAUAAGACAAAGGAGAAGUGUGAUUUUGUGGUAAUGUAGUUGUAGUAGUAUAAGCUACUUUCUAGUUUGGAUCCAUAGAAACUUUCUUGUGGAUGUUUCCAAUUCUGCUCUACUUUUUGAAUAUUUAUAUGAUGCUUGGGGACUUUGAAUUCUAA